AUGUCAGAAAUCUUGUCAAGGGCAUGGACUAUUUCACACAGAGUGGAGAUAUGGCUUCUGAUUCUGGCAGCGUAUUUACUCCAAAGAAACGUGAACUCGGUACACAUGCCAACGAAAGCCGCAGACCCUGAGGCAUUCAUGAAUGUUAGUGAAAUCAUCAAACACAAGGGUUAUCCCAGUGAGGAGUAUGAAGUUGUAACGGAAGAUGGGUACAUCCUUUCUGUGAACAGAAUUCCUCAGGGACAGACAAAAAUAAAGAAGGAAGGAUCCAGGCCCGUUGUGUUACUGCAGCAUGGCCUUCUUGGAGAUGCUAGCAACUGGAUUUCCAACCUUCCCAACAACAGCCUGGGUUUUAUUCUGGCGGACGCUGGCUUUGAUGUGUGGAUGGGAAACAGCAGAGGAAACACCUGGUCUCGGAAGCACAAGACCCUCUCCGUAGACCAAGACGAGUUCUGGGCUUUCAGUUAUGAUGAAAUGGCUAGGUUUGACCUUCCAGCUGUGAUAAACUUUAUCUUACAGAAAACAGGCCAGAAAAAGAUCUAUUGUGGCUACUCACAGGGCACCACCAUGGGCUUUAUUGCAUUUUCCACAAUGCCAGAGCUAGCUCAUAAAAUCAAAAUGUAUUUUGCCUUGGCCCCUAUAGCCACUGUUAAAUAUGCAAAAAGUCCUGGUACAAAAUUUCUGCUGCUGCCCGAUAUGAUGAUCAAGGGAUUAUUUGGCAGACAAGAGUUUUUAUACCAGACUAGAUUUUUCAGACAGCUUUUUAUUUACCUUUGUGGCCAGAUGAUUCUUGACCAAAUCUGCAGCAACAUCAUCUUACUCCUGGGAGGCUUUAACACGAACAAUAUGAACAUGAGUCGAGCGAAUGUGUAUGUCGCGCAUACACCUGCUGGAACAUCUGUGCAGAAUAUUCUCCAUUGGAGCCAGGCAGUGAAUUCUGGGGAACUUCGUGCCUUUGACUGGGGAAGUGAGACCAAAAAUCGGGAGAAAUGUAAUCAGCCAACUCCUAUAAGGUACAAAGUUCGAGAUAUGAUGGUCCCCACGGCAAUGUGGACUGGAGGUCAAGACUGGCUUUCAAAUCCAGACGAUGUGAAAACGUUGCUUUCAGAAGUAACCAACCUCAUCUACCACAAGAACAUUCCUGAGUGGGCUCAUGUGGAUUUCAUCUGGGGGCUGGAUGCCCCUCAGCGUGUGUACAACGAAAUCAUACAUCUGAUGAGACAAGAGCCCAACCUUCCCCAGGGAACCUGCAGGAUCAAACUGUGA